AUGUUGCAUAUUGUUUAUCAUACUAUCUAUUUAGCAAAAGACCAAGUGGAUGUCCCGGAUAAGAUGUCUUCAUUGAAUCGAAUACGUCUCAAGACAUCAAUUGAUAUUGUUCAUUGGUUAUCACUUCAAGCUUGUGCUUUUAGGGGACAUGAUGAAACUAGCGGGUCAAUAAAUCAAGACAAUUUUCUUCAAUUGAUAAAACUCUUGGCAACUUACAAUAAUGAAGUUGCGAAAGUUGUAAAACAUAUGUGUGAAGAAAUUGGUGAUUCCAAAUUUUGCAUCGUUGUAGAUGAAGCUCGUGAUGAAUCAAAAAGUGUACAAAUGUCCCUUGUGUUAAGAUUUAUUGACAAAGUUGGUUUAAUACAAGAACGAUUUUUUUUUUGUGGCACAUGUAAAGACACUACAACUUUAACUAUAAAAGAAGAAUUACAAGUUGCUCAAUUAGAGGAAAUUGCACAUUUGUUAGAAAUUGAUGAGAUUGUAACUAGUAAAGGGAUAACUAAUAUACUUUGUCAAGCCUUACAACAACAAUCUCAGGAUAUAGUUAAUGCUAUGUGUUUGAUUGAAACAACAAAGUCUCUUAUUCAAGCAUUGAGAGAAGAUGCUUGUGAUGCAUUAUUUACUGAAGUGAAGAUUUUUUGUGAAAAAUAUGAAAUUGAGAUUCGUGAUCUCAACGAUGUUCAUUCAACAACAAGAUUUGGACGCUCUCGUCUUCACCAAGGUCAGAUUAUAAUAGAACAUUAUUUUAGAGUUGAAAUAUUUUUUACUGCCAUUGAUCAACAAUUACAAGAGUUGAAUAACAGAUUUAGUGAGCAAGCAAUGGAUUUGUUAACUCUAAGUUGUGGUUUGACUCCUAAGGAUAAUUAUAAAGCUUUUAACAUUGAAAAAAUUUGCACUCUAGUUGAAAAAUAUUACCCUACACAAAAAUUCUACUUGAUUGAUAGUCUACUUCGUCUUAUCAUGACCCUUUCGGUUUCUACUGCCACAUUUGAAAGAUCUUUUUCAACAAUGAAAAUUAUUAAAUCUAGGUUAAGAAACAAGAUGGAAGCUUACGUUUUGACAGUUAACAUGGCAAUUUAUAUUGCAAUAUAA